UAUGCCCGGAAACGGUCACAGCUCAGUUACGAAACGUUCAUCAAGAUGUCCACGCGGAAAAGUGCCAGUUCGCUGCUCCCGGGAACCAAUCCCAGCACAUCAAGCCAUCGUUCUGUGCUGCAGGGAACGAAAAAUUUCGUCUGGAACCGGGAGGAAGUGUCAUCGAACUUACCCUACCAAAAUCACAACUAUGAAAUCCCCUACAAUAAGCCCCCGAAUGAGGUUAACUUUAUGGGUGGUCUCGGUAGCAAGAAGCCCAACUAUCGCUCCAAGCUGCACCCGCAACGGUUCUCGACCGUGCAGAAGCUGAUGAGGAUGCGUACGUCCAACCGCAUACUGGAAACGUUGACGGAAGAUUUGCGCAAUGUGAACCUCUCCCGGCAUCGAGGUGACCAGCGGCGCAAGGCACAAAACGUGACCGAGUUUAUCAAGAAAAUGACGGACGAAUUGCAAACGGCGGGCAAUAUCGAGCACUCCACACCGUCCGACCAGUCGGACGUGUUGCGCUGUACAGUGCGCAAGAAGAUGACGAACGAUGAUUACCGCGAGAUGAUCAAGCGGUUGGACAAGAUCCUGCUGGAAGACGAUCGACCGUCGGCUGGUCAGAACGUGUCGUUCCGCGAUUGGGCAAUGCGCGAACGGUACAACUUUCGGAACCGCAACAACAUCGCGAUGAUGAAGCGCGAACGCGAAACGCUGGAAUCGGAACUGUGCUCCUCGGUGGACACCCGCUCGCACGAGUACAUCUCGAACGAGGGGCGGCGCGUGACGAAGGUGCGCCGCGCGACCAAGAUCCCGCACGUGGAGGGCCACAUGUACGGGCCGUUCACGCAGCUGCCGGUGCAGGAUCCGCUGCUGGAGAACGAAACCAAGUUCGGCAUCCCGCUGAGCCUGCUGGUGCGGUCGUACCGCGAGAUGGACACCAAGAAGGAAGGUGAGCGUAACCUAAUCGAUACCCGCCUGUCUCACAUGAGGAUUCCGUUGUGUCCGAAAAGCAGCGACUCCUCUGAGGACGAGGACCAGAUGGAGGAGGUCAAGAUCCUUUCCUUCCUGCGGACGCCCUACUUCCCCAUCCCGACGAUAAAGCGGCAGAAGAAGAAGCGCAAGGACCGGCUGCGCAGCCGCUGGCUGCAGAAGAACCGGCUCAAGCGCAUCACCAUGCUGCUGUACGAUCGGUCGCUCGAGAACAUGCGAGCGGGUCGGCGCCGGAAGAAGGGUAAGCACUAUGAGGGGGGCGGUGCGAGCUCUUCCCGUGGUUCCAGCAGUGGACGGUCGCGGACGGAGUGUAAAGCUUCGAAGGUGGAGGAGCCGGAACCGGUGAAAGUGGUGAGUGAGCAGCGGCAGCGAUACUAUCGCUUCAUCGAGCAGAAGUCACAGCAGUUUCGCCGGAUGUACGAUGAGGGGUUGGAGCGGCGUAUGACUAGCUUUCAGGAUUUUAAGGCGUGCGAAACGGCCUCGGAAGAUAAUCUGUCGGAAACGAGCAGGAAGAAGGCGAAACUGCAAGGGCUGCGUGUGGAGGAGCCGAAACCGGUGGUGGAGAAGCUGGAGCUUCGCUUUCCGCCGAAUCGGUUCAAGAGCCUGUCGAAGAAUGACACCCGGAAGGGAGCGUUUUACAUCGAUCCGGAGUUUUACGACAAGAUGCGGGACUUUAAGCGAUACAAACAACGCUCCAAGUACUACACCAGCCUGAUGCGUUCCCGGCCCGACAUACGCCAACGGCUGCAGGUAAACGCGCCCGAGUUCGAGGAGGAGCAGCUUGGCGCGAAAACGAAGUACUACAGCCGGCUCGCCACCGAAUGGGACAACUACUACAUCCACGAGCUGCGCUACCGGCCCCGGGUGCGUAAGUUCUGCCCGAAAACGGACAUCCUCAACAUGCGCGACCAGCGGCGUAAGGUGUUUCUGAAGUAUUUCAUCGAGGAGAAUCUGUUGCAGCGCCGGGCCCGGCAAUCGCUCGAGCGUCAGUAUGCGAAUUGGAUUAAAAACUUUUGCAAGCGCAUAAGACCGCUGUUCAAAGUUUGGAAGGAAGAAGCAUACUCGAAGCUGGUUGCAGCCAUUGACCAGGAAACGGAAGCAACGCAGGAAACGGUCCGCCUGCGGACCCUGCUUCAGAAUCGUCAAAACAAGAUGGAUACCAUUACGGAGCGUAUACUGCUGCUGGAGCAGCGCUGGACUAAGGUUAUGCAAAUUAGGAAUUACUAUUACUUGCUGAUGGAUUCUCAAUGGCGCCUGGCGAAUGAUUUCUUCCAUCGAGCACCGGAUGGAUCGUUGUACACGGUGUCGGAAGCGAUCAGGAAUUGUAAAUCCCUGUUUAUACGCACCGAGGGUAGAAAUAUUGGAACGGAAAUAGCGGCAUUCUAUGUGGAAAAAACGUUCCCCGAGCUGGAGCGCUUGCCGGGUUGCGAGCCGGAUGUGGCGCUGCUGCAGCGUGGCCUGGCACAGCUGAACCUGCGCACGAUCGAUUUGAUAAACAAGUACAACCAGAAGCUGAUGGUGUUUAGCAAGAUUGACUACCACUACAAGGAGGUGCUGGAGCAGUUCCCCCGUUACUUCACCAACCAUCACGAUCUGCUCAAUCUGUACGGGGCGAAAGUGGAGUCGAUACAGAGCAAGAAUGAAACGUUGCGCACUGAGUUCUACAAUCUGAUGGGAGAACCGCUGAAAAUGACUGUGUUCAAUAAAGUAAUGCGCAUUACAACAUCCGCCGUCGGUCAGCUGUAUCUGUUUGUGCGCAAGCUGCAGCACCGGCAGGUUGAGAUCGUUGAAAUAGCUGCCAAGGAUAAGCUGUCCGCUAUACAUCAACACAUAAUGGAUCUUCUUUCCGAGCUGGAUCUACUGCCGCUUGAUGUACUGAAGGAGGCAGAAAAGGAGGCACGCAAAAACAGGAAAACACUGUUCCGAGAGGCAAACGAGGCGUACAAGCGCAAGAUGGUGCUGGAUCUGUUGAGAAAGCAGCUUCGGUUCCAUGUGAGGAAGUGAAGUGGAAUGGCUUCAUUAGAAUGAACGUUUACUCGGCGUGGAAGCUCAUAUCAAUUCGUAUGCGUUUUAAUUACUUUUAAAAUAGUUUUUAAUCCUUUUUCUUUCUUAAUUGUUGAUGAGAGUCUCACUGCAUGUUUGGAUCAUGAUAAUAAAACUUUUUACAUUUAGAUACAUUUAUUUUAACAUGAAGAAAAAAGUGUUUUAUUAUUUCCUUUUCUGACUGUGGGGCUUUUUUUAGUUUGUAAAUUUUAUUUUUAUAAAAACUUUGAGGUCUAGCUGAUUCGCCUCUUUGAAGGACCUUUAACGAUACAGGUUUUUAUAUAGAGUUUGACAGUUGGUGGCUGAAAUCAUGUCAACAUUCCAUAUAGAGCCACACGUCAAACCCCAAAUUUGUAGCAUCAUGCCUUUAAACCUGGUGUAUCAAAGGUAUCAUUAAACUCAUUAAAACGAGAUAUGGAAAACAAAUGAAUAUUGAGCUUUAGCCUUGUUUGUACCCAAUUGUUAAAAUUCAAUAUGAUAGGACACAAUAAAAUACAAC